AAACAAAAUAGCGUGAUUCGACUGAGUGGUUGUCUUUUGCCAAACUCGGGUUAGAAAUUUGAAGAUUUCUUGCUUAAAUAUCGUCAAAAUUUACCUAAACUACGCCUAUCAGGAUCGAGCAAUGGUUCCUUAAGUAUCCUGUACAGUCUGAUACGCAUGUGCAUGUAGAGGAAGAUGUCUGAAGCACCAUCUCAGAAUCAGAACAUCUCAAGGCAAGCUGACGAGGGGCCUGGAAAAUGCACAUCAUUUACUAUUCGUGCUGUAGCAGCAGUUGCUGGAAUCAUUUGUAUGAUAACUGGAUGCAUCACUUUCAUCUCUAUUUCAGCCAUGUGCAUUGUGGCUGGGGUUUAUUUAAUAUUGCUUGGAUUUCUGAUAGAGAUGUUUGAGGCUCCCAUCUGUUGUCAGUACUUCCGUCUAACUGAUAAGAUCAAUACUUGGGGUUCUAGUCUCCCGUCUUGGUUCAAAGCUUUGAUGUACUUUAUUUUACCAAUAUUUGCCAUUGUGAUGUGCCAGGGACUAAGUGUUAUCCUUGGUGCUCUUGUCGUUGCGGCUGUUGGCAUCAUGUAUGGCAUGGUUUUCAUCGGCAAAAAGGGAGAUGGUGUUCGGAAUGCUCAAAGGAGUCAUCAGUUUGAUGCAGUCAACCUUGUAGAAACUGAAGAACACAGUUUUACCAAAAGUAAUCCGUGAACUUCAUUCACUGCAGAUAUUACAGUUAUCUUAGGUUGUCAAAAAGAAAUCAUUUAUUUAUUGUGAGGUAAAAAGAUAAGUCAAAUUGAGUUCAGUGGAUAACCUAAAGAAUGAAUAUAGUACAGCAAUGGCAAAGGAGUUUUUGAACAAGUAAUGUCAAAUUUGCUCAUGUGGACAGAGUAGAGUUACAUAUCUUGAAAUUGAUUUCUUGUAGGGAGCAAUCAUUACCUGAAAUGUAAGGGGAUAACUGAGGGUGCCAAAGGCAGCCGACUUGUCAAAAGCUUGCAUGCAUGUUACCUUUUAGCAGGCCAGAACCAGGUAUGAUCUGUUCUAGUAAAUGCAUUCCAUGACAGACGUAAUGCCUGACCUCAGGAAGGAGUAUCCAUGGUUGGCAGGCCUGUAUUACUCACAAGUUACCAUGCCCUAGCUGGACCAAGUCCAUCAUACUCCAACACUUCAGGCUUUCUGCACUGAGUCCAUCAAAAUUGUUCAACAAGGGAAUGGAUUUUAAUGGAUUUGGGGUGGCUAGGGUUAAUGUACUUAUGGUUUAGCAUUUCCAUGGCAAAUGAAGUCAUUUGAGGACAUCUUAUUUCCACUGUAGCCCUCGUGUCUUGUCGGUUCCUCCUGUAUGUAUGGUAUCGUGAUGGUCAUUUGUUUCUUCUGGCAUGAAGCUGUUUUUUUUUUAUCAAUCUGUAAGUGAUUAAUAUUGUGUCAUUAACUUAUUGUUCUUGUGGUAAUUUUAGAAUCAUUAACAUUACGAUCAAAACGUUCAGGAACUUAUGAUGCUUUGGUCCUCCUUUACAUGGUUUCUUGAAUGUUUGGUUUGUUUAAGGGUGGCUUUCUCUUUGAAAUUGAUAUUUAAGUUAAAACAAACGAAAUCAGACCAAACAAAACGAUGACAAAAAGAAACUCGGAAAGGAAAUAGAACAAAGUCAAUUAUUUCUUAAAAUAAUAUCUCUUGAGAACAAGCUAUGCUAGUUGAAACAUUUUAAAACUUAAUUGUUACAUGUAUUUGUAUGUUUCUGGAAUACAGGAAAUAUUUUGGUUUUCUCCAGUUGUCCACUUCUUUACAAAUCUAAUGACAUCUUAUUAGGCUCGCCCCUUGAUCUGCACCUUUGUAACAAGCAAAAUAGCCUCCAUGGUAAGCUUAAGUAGCUCAAUGCUUUAUUGACGACAUCUUAAUGCACAUGGUAAAUUCACAGGACAUUUUUUAUACAUCUGAAUCAUUUUAGGCGUUGCUAAAAGAUUUUGAAAAGAUUUUUGCAUGUGUAUAUGCUCAAAAAUAUCUCCCAUAAGUAAAUACUAUAAAUGCAUGACGAUUAUAAAUUCUCCACUUUGACUACAAAUUCCUUUUACAUAUGUAUUACAAAAAGGGGAUACAGUGAUUGAUUGCGGGAAACAAGUUAUUGUAAUUUGUUGUAUUCAUUUAAAAGUGGAUAAAACAAUGAUCUUUAAGUAUGUAUCUACAAAAAAAAAUUAAGAACCAAUGACCAUCGUAAAUGUCUUUUGAAAAAUGUGAAAUUUUUCUGUAAAAUGUUACUCGAAUUAAAGUUAUUUUGGGGUGUAACAUGUCUGUGCACUUCCUGAGUUUAUGUAA